GCUGUUGAAGGCCCGAGCGCCCCGCGCGCCGCGCUCUCCCUGCUCCCAGCCCGUCGCGGCGCCCCGGCCCGCAGCGAGCGCGCAGGCCGCCCGGCCAGGACCACCCGGACCCCGGCGAGGCCGCCCGUCCGUGCGCAACGCUCCAAGCGCGCAGCCUGCACAGAGGGGAGGAUGGACUGGGGCACCUUGCAGACUAUCCUCGGGGGCGUCAACAAGCACUCCACCAGCAUCGGGAAGAUCUGGCUCACCGUCCUCUUCAUCUUCCGCAUCAUGAUCCUCGUGGUGGCCGCAAAGGAGGUGUGGGGGGACGAGCAGGCCGACUUCACCUGCAACACGCUGCAGCCCGGCUGCAAGAACGUCUGCUACGACCACUACUUCCCCGUGUCCCACAUCCGGCUCUGGGCACUGCAGCUCAUCUUCGUGUCCACGCCCGCCCUGCUGGUGGCCAUGCACGUGGCCUACCACAGACACGAGAAGAAAAGGAAGUUCAUUAAGGGAGAGAUAAAGAACGAAUUCAAGGACAUUGAAGAGAUCAAGAGCCAGAAGGUCCGCAUCGAGGGCUCCCUGUGGUGGACCUACACCAGCAGCAUCUUCUUCCGGAUCAUCUUCGAGGCGGCCUUCAUGUACGUCUUCUACGUCAUGUACGACGGCUUCUCCAUGCAGCGCCUGGUGAAGUGCAACGCGUGGCCCUGCCCCAACACCGUGGACUGCUUCGUGUCCAGGCCCACAGAGAAGACUGUCUUUACCGUCUUCAUGAUCGCGGUGUCCGGAAUUUGCAUCCUGCUGAAUGUCACUGAAUUGUGCUAUCUGCUAAUUAGAUUUUGUUCCAAAAAGUCCAAAAAGCCAGUGUAACACGGUACCCAGCUUUAGAUAAAAGAUGGCGGGAAAGGGUGAGGCAGUCAGUGCACCAGCGUCUCCCAGGCUAAGAUUCUCAUCUGAAAGGCAACCCCGUGAACCUCCCGUAGAUCUCCCGUAGAACUCAGGCACCUCAGUGCGGACCUCGGCAGAGCUCUGAGCUUGGCUGCCGGGCGGGGGCGGGUGCCAUCAGUUCUUCCCUGUGGCAAACAAAGGGUACGGCGUUUGUUUCUCUUUCUUUGUUCGAGGAAGGAGGAGAAACGCCAGGGCCUAGAGAGGAUGCUGAGGAGGUUUGGUGGGUCACUUAGGGGUCCCUCUGCCCUUUCCCCCAAGUUAAAAGCAAACCUAGAGAAUCUUGGUUCUUUUAUUCGCUUUGAAGUUGUAGUCACUAACGAUUGGCAAGGUUACACAAUGCUUCAAACUCUAUUAUACUUUUUUUAAGUGAAAACUUUAAAAAUAUAUUCUUUUGAUCUACAAGAAGUUCUGGGAACCAUUAUACAUUCUCCUCUUACAAAGGCUCAGAUUAUGAUAUGUACAUGGUGCAUAAUUAGACGCUAUCAUUGAAUUUAAACACGGCCUUUCAGUUGUGAGUAGCUGGCAGGGCCGCGGAGAGGCUGCCGACUGUAGGAACCGAGGUGUUUGCUGCUAAGAGCACUUCAGUUCUCACAGGUGAAACAAACUACAAGUCCUUAGUGAUGGCUUUUCAUAGCAAACGGCCUCAUUUCAAAAAUUUAGCUGUAAUUCUGCAUGAGAAACACAGACUGGCUGUGCCCCAACUCCUGCCUCUUCCUCAGACGCUGCCCCUUCCCUUCCUGGGGGUGUGGGAAGAAUCUGGCUGGAAGAGAUUGCUUGGGAAUAUUUUAUUGCCAUCGUAUGAUUUCACGGUGCAAACAGAAUGGCAAAAUUGGGGGGUGGGCUGGUAGUUCCUAUUUUUAAAGAGCAGUUGGAAAGACUAGACUAUAAAUCCUGACCAUUAAAAUGCCUUGCUUCCCUUUCCAGGAUCCAGGGUUUUUAGGUGAAAAUAGAAUUAAUAGGAAUUUUUUAAAAAUAGGAACUCGGGGUUAGAUCAAUAUUUAGCAGUUCUAUAAGAUAAACUGAAUCCUAAUAUUAUCGUGAUGCUGGACAUGGUUUCCCAGAAAUGGUACUUGACAUACUUCAAUGAAAAUAAACACUUUCCUAUUGCCAAGGAUAGCAUUAUAGAAAACAUUUUGUAAAAAUAAUAGCUUUAAUUGCAUACUUGUAACUAAAAUAAUUUUGUGAUGUCUCAAAUGUCAAAGUAUUAAAAUAUAAUUAAUUCAUGUAA